AAAAACCCCUUUUAUCCCCACCUGAUCACAAAACCCCCUUUUCGACCCCCAAACCCUAAUUUUCAAAACCCUAAUUCCUCAAUUCGUCUCGGAACCCUAAUCAAUGGCGGCGACGGCGACGAGCUCCGACGUGUCCGACGGCCCAGUUCUCAAUUUCAUCAACAAACGCCUCCGUGCGCUGCGCAAGAAGCUCAAUCGCAUCGCCCAAAUGGAAGAAGCAAUUGCUCAGAAGAAGCCGUUGAAUAAGGAGCAAGAAGAGGUGUACAAGUCGAAAAGCUCCGUCAUUAUCGCGAUUGAGGAGCUGGAGAAGAUGAGGCAGCCGUUGGCAGCUGCUGUGGCUGAGGAAAUCGAUCUCGCGAUACGGGUCAAGAUCAAGAAUGGGGAGGAGAAUGUGGUGGAGGAGAAGGGGAUUGGUGAUUCUGGCAAGAUGGGUGGUCAAGAUUUUGGGAUUGAGGAGGUUUUGAAGUUGGUUUACUUUGCGGGGUUGUUUGAUGUGAAGAGCUUGAGUGAUUUUGAGAGGUUGUUGUUGACGCGGAGUCACGAGAGAGGGUGUUGUUUGAGUUAUGAUCAUGUGACGGAUGAGGAUGUGGGGAAUGAUUUGCUUGGGGAGAAGGAUUUGGAUAUGAUUUCGAGAGUUGGGAGUUUGGUUGUUUCAAGGCCGGUUGAGACAGGUUUGUCACAUAAGGAUGCGUUGGAGAAGUGUGUUGAGCAUGCUAAGCUUUGGAUUUCGGGGGCUGAUCAGCCUAUUGAGGCGGGUUCGGAUGUGACAUAUGCAUUGUUGAAAGAGAAGCUUGUGAAGAUUAUGGCUUCUCCUUAUGUUACAACAAUGCCGGAGAUGAAAGCGCAAGUUGAGGUAGCUGGAAACUACGGGUCCUUUCAGGCUCAAGGGGAAGGGUUUGAUGUGCAGUAUCAACAAAAGGAUGAAGAAUUAGCAAAUCAUGAAGUGAAUGGAUCUUCUGAUAAUCAGGGUGGUCUUGUUGAUGGAUCGCAGAAGAAUGAGUAUGAGGUUGAAAACUCGACAGAGCUACCAGCUCAAUCAGAGUCGGUCCAACCGCAGCCAGAAUGGGAACAAAAUGUUAGAGACGUGGAAUCAAAGGAGCAACAGUUUAAUACGCGGAGGCAGUUCCAAAACCAACGAGGUGGACGUGGCGGGGGUGCUCGUAGGGGCUAUUCCAAUGGCCGUGGUGGGGGUGCUCGCAGGGGAGGCGGGCCUUACCAGAAUGGACGCAAUCAGUACAACGACCAGCCUGGAAAUUACUAUCCCAGAAACAAUUAUUAUAGCAAUAGAGGCAGCAGGGGAGGCGGUAGGGGUGCCGCUUCCAACUCCAACUAUGGUCCCGCAGUUCCAUCAGAAUCUUGACCUUCCUACUCGUUUUUCUGUCAUGAAACAUGUUUUGCUUUUGUGUGAAACAUGGAUCGAACAUGGGUUGCUGUCGAUGAGUGGUAACACUCAUGACCCUUUUGUGUAGUUCAAUCAAUGGAGGACUUGUUUGGUAAAAGAGAUUUUUUAGCAAUGACUUUAUAUUGAA